AUGAACGGUACACAGGGCUAUCCAUACCCCCAGGUGUUUCUAGUGGACAGUGGUGGAGGUCCACAGCCGUCGGUCCAACCUCCAGGCAUGCUGCCCUGCUGGUCCUUCCCUCCUGCUCACGAGAGAGUGAGGGAGCGGGGCAGGGCCAGGGGGGUUGGCUCCUGGAGCCUGGCUGUGGCUUUGCUGUUUCUGCUGCUGCUGGUGUUUGGGGCUUUAGGACUGGGUGCCUACCAGAUAAUCAAGCUACAGACUCAACUCGAUGGGAUACAACAGGUGAGGGUGGGUGUUUGGGUGGGGCUCAGUGUUUGGGUGGGGUUCUCCUGGAGCAAGUCUGCUCUCUGAUUUCCAUUUGUAUCAAAGGGUCUCUGUAUCUUGUCACUUCUCUGUCUCAUAAUGUUCUUUCUGUAUGAUCUCAGAGCAUCUCUCUUUGUUAUGACACUGCACUGAUCCUCUGCCAAAACCAUCAAUGAAAUAGACACAUUGAGGAAUUUGUGGUAGUUCAUAUUUAGUAUCUCAUUGCCUUUCAUUGUUUUUGUUGUUGGCUAAAACAUCUUAACUUACUGAUGAGGAAAACAGAGACAUAGUAACAAAAUGCAACAUUGUAGCAACAAGAAGAAAAAACUAUGAACCUAAAAAAGAUGCCUCCUACCAUUUAAUUAUCACCUUGAUGAUUAUUGUGACCACUGGAAAGGGAGUGGGAGACUGGUGAGGGGUAGGGGACAGACAGACAGACAGACAGGGGUAAAGUGUAGAUGGAAAAUAGGCAAAACAGCCUUUAACUUUUCUUGCUGCCUCUGCAUCUCAGAUUAUUAAGUAGCAGUGACAUUUAAAGACCUCAGCCAAGACCGGAAUCUGUUCAGAGUUGUGGUCACCAGUCCAGCAGUGCUACAGGAAAUUCAUGACUCACACAUUCAGAGAAGAGCUGAUGUUCAGUGUAUCUUACCGCAAACUUUCUUAACCACAAAAUGUUAUAUUGAUGCGAAAAAUCUUGUGUGUACUUGUGUGUGUGUGUGUGUGUGUGUACAUGUGUGCUAAUGUGAUGUGGCAAUGAGAUUUCUCUCUUCUUUUUUCAUAGGAAAUUAACAUUGAGAGUGAUGGUCGUGCGCCUGAGAAGCUAGUGGGUGACCUUCCAGAGACUGAUCCAGAGACUGAUCCAAACAGAGGGAAGACAGCCGGCAGACCUGCAGCACAUGUCAUAGGUAAGCUGGGGGCAGAGCCGGCCCUAGCCACUAAGCGACAUAAGUGACUGCUCAGGGCCCCGCGGCUACUAGGGGGCCACAGACCCAAACAAAUUCAAAUCUGGGUUUCAAAUUACAGUUGAGAGUUAGAAUAGUAGAAUGCAUAAGGUGCAAUUUCUAAAUUUGGUUGUGCAUCAGCAAUUUUUAUUUUGUUAUGUCAGUCACUGACAGUCUCUCAAUUAGCCCAUGUCAGCCAAUUUUUAAUGUAUUGUUAAGUUGGUCUAGCCAGCUAUCUAAACUUGUAGUAAUCAUGGUCUAUUUACCGACCAGGCACGCAGGGCACGUGCCCAGGGGUCCUGACCUCCAGGGGGCCCACAUUGACUUUGUUAGUCACUCUCACUCAGAUAUCAUAUUAACAUGGCAUAAGUAAGGGCAACAUGUGUAGAAUUACAGGAAAUUAGCUUCAAAACCGAUUUUUUUUUAUCUCCACCCUAUGGCAAAAUGAGUAGAGUUGCAGGAAAUUAGCUGUAAAACUGCUAAAUAACUCUCCGCCCCAUGGCAAAAUGAUUAGAAUGAAAUGAAAUUAGUUAUGAAACUGCAAAAAUCUUCUCUCCACCCCAUGGCAAAAUGUGUAUAAUUGAAUUAACUCUAAAACUUCAUUUUUUUUCUCUCCGCCAUCAAAAGGGGGUCCACUAAAAAAAGGGGGGGCAACAACAUUUUUCUUAGGGCUCCCAAAAGGCUGGGCCGGCUCUGGCUGGGGGCAGGUUAACUACUUUGUUUCCAUGUGUAGGCUUUUGCUCCAGUCUUGCUCUAACACACCUGAUUCUAGUAAUCAGCUGCUCAUCAGGACCUUGAUUAAUUAAAUUAAGCAUGCACUUCUGAUGUACAAUAGGUUCAGUGGAGUGUCAUCUCUAACGCCAUUCUCCCUGCUGUCUCCCUCAGGCCGGAUUGAGAAGGAUGUUUCACAGAAUACCUUGCGUUGGGAGCCCAAGGCGGGGCGGGCCUUCACAGAGGGGGGCGUGGUCUAUCGUGACGGCGGUCUGCAGGUCAACGAGACUGGGCUCUACCACAUCUACUCCCGGGUGCAGUUUGAAGCCAAUCACUGCCCCCCUACAGAUACCUUGGUUCACUCUGUGUUUGUGAGAAGGCCAGGGAAUCUCAAGUCUCUCACCCUGAUGGAGGGGCACAGGGAGGGCUACUGCAGCCUGGGCUCUCAUGGGUUUGUCUGGACCUCGGGGAGUUACCUGGGAUCCACACUGAAGCUGGAAAAGCAGGACUGGGUCUAUGUGAACGUCUCCCAUCCAGCCAUGCUCAGCCACGCUCAUCAUGCCAGCUUCUUUGGACUCCACAAGAUCUAG